GAUAUAUAAUUCGUUUAGUUCUAUAAUCUAAGAUUUUCAAUUUUCAUUUGCGCUGAUCAUGACUAGUUAUGUGUUUCAAACAAAGUACUAUUAGAUAUUAAAUCGUUAAAAGCUUCAUACAUGAUAAUGAACACAACAAUCCUUUACAGUAUAUUCUUUGUUAUGAAGUUGUCAUAACUUUGUAGUUGACUUUACAAUAUGAGAAAACAUUAUACAAAACUAUUUUUGUUCUUGUGUUUGUGUUGUAUAAUCUUGUUUUUUUAUGCAACAAAUUUAUCUAAGUAUUCUUUAACUGCAUAUAAGAAUAAUGCAACUCUCCCCUCAAAUUAUAGGGAUAAUGUCUAUUAUAUUACAAAGAAUGUUAAUAGAGUUGUAAUAUCAUUUGUUGUUUGUGAUUCAAGGUUCAAUGAAUCAUUAAAUUUAAUUAAAUCAAGUCUACUUUUCUCAAGUUCACCCUUACACUUUAUAAUAUUUGCUGAUGACAAGUUAAGAAAUAACUUUAGCAUAACUUUAAACAAAUGGAAGAAAAUACUUGGUGAUAACUUAAAUUUUGAGAUUCAGAGGAUAGUGUUUCCAGAGGAACACAAAGAGGAAUGGAUGAAUUUAUUUAGCAAAUGUGCAGCUCAAAGAUUGUUUAUACCUAAACUCAUCCCACAUGUAGACGCUAUGCUGUAUGUGGACACAGAUACUAUAUUUCUUGGUCCCCCUGAACAGUUGUGGGAUUUGUUUUCACAGUUCAAUGCAACUCAGAUAUCUGCUAUGUCACUGGAAGAUGAUAAUCCAAAUGUAUCAUGGUAUCCUCGGUUUGCAAAACACCCGUUUUAUGGAAAAUAUGGUCUUAACUCUGGAGUUAUGCUAAUGAAUUUGACAAGAAUGCGAGAAUUUGCAUGGGUUGAUUAUGUGACUCCGAUUAUGUUGAAAUAUAAGCUUUACAUUCCUUGGGGUGAUCAGGAUAUUAUUAAUAUAAUAUUUCACUAUCACGAAGAGGCAGUUUAUCUUUUGUCAUGUAGAUAUAACUACCGGACCGAUCAGUGUAUGUAUGGUGAUGCCUGUGCUGAUGCCACAGAUAGGGGAGUGUUCAUAUUACAUGGCAGUCGGAGAGCAUUCCAUAACCAUAAGCAGCCUGCUUUUGAGGCUAUAUAUAGAGCAAUGGAUGAAUAUAAGGUUGGGGGUGAUCCCAGCGAGGUUUUGAACAAUAUGGAAAAAUAUCUAGACGCGGCGCAAGAGUCGAAUUGUGGAAACCAAAAAAACGGUUUGUUAAAAUUGCCCAGACGGAUAUUGAAUAAUAUGUACGUAAAACCUAACAGAUAAGUAUUAAUUAUGCUUUUUAUAUAUAUAUUGUGAUAUAAAUAAACAAGGCAUUUAAUCCAUAUUACCCCAUACCGCCAAAAACUAUAUUUUAAUACAAUAUAACAAUACGAAUGACUGAAUCUAACAAAAAAAGUAUUAUUAUUAUAUUCCCUUGUUGACAGACGCAUACGAUAACGAAUCUUAUGAAAAAGUAAUUUACGAUUGAGUAAGAUGAAAUGUCAGAUGUUAUCCCUUCUUAGUAUUCCAAGUUUCGGUUCUUUUUAUUUCAUUUGGAGAAUUUUGACGUAGUUUAUUGUUACCAGUUGAUUUACACCAUCAAACUGCGGCUUUAUUUGGUAAUCUGGCUUCGACUGUUUUCGUUUUGAGAAUGAAUUGUAACAUUAAACAGUAAAUUUUAAUAUCAAUAUUCAUAAGUAUCGUGCACACGCGAAACAAUAUUUUAUUGCUGUUUAUUGGUUACUUGACGUAGGUAAUUAUAACAAAACAAAGUUAAUUCCUUUGUGUACAAUAAUCAAUUGUUAUUUUAAUUAUGAUUUUUAAUAUCUUAGAUUUGGAAGUUUAAUUGAAAUUAAUAUAAAUCUGUUUAAAACAUAAACCAUUGUUAUAUUUUUUGCCUUUUAAACUAUGUCUAAGAUAUUGUGUUUAUGUUUAUUAGUUUCCCAGUUAUCUAUCAAUAUCGCGUGUUGCGUGUUGUACCCUCAAGAAUGUAAGUAGGUGCUCUUAUUUCACCAUGCCUACUGCUGAUAGAAGACAAAUCUUUGUUUUUUUUAUUUGUUUUAUUAAUAACUUUAGAUAUCACGUGGAACAUGGUGUAAUGGUUGCAGCUACUUACAAACGUUGU